AUGAUCGUGGCCGGGGACUUCAACGCCCCUAACACGGCCUGGGGAUACGUCGCCAGCAGGGCCAAGGGGAAGGACUUACUAAACGACGCCGAUGAACUUGACCUAAUGCUCAUUACGAACGCCGCAGACUCCACAAGAACGGGUAACUCGGUCAACCGCGACACAACGCCGGAUCUCACUUUCGUCCGCAACGUUCCAAACUAUCAGUGGAACAACCUCUUCGAGGAAUUGGGCAGUGAUCAUCACAUUGUUGAGACAAUGAUCAACACCCCAUCCAGAGAACCCAGAAAAAUGACGUACGUCGACUGGGACAAGUUCCGCGAGUUCAGACACGAACGCCGAACAGGCAACGAAUCGAUCGAACAAUGGACGUCGCAACAAAAGGCCGACGUUAAGGCGGCCACAAAGGAAAUAGAGACAGAUCUCCCCGUUCAAAGCAUGGACAGCCGACUGGCUCACAUGCUCGAAGCCAAACAAUCGCUCACCAGGAGAUGGAAAGAACAAAGACACAAACGAAGGCUGAGGAAAAGAAUUUCUUCCCUCAACCGCCUGAUUGAAGAAUAUUGCACGCAACUAUCUAAUCAGCAAUGGAACGAAGUGUGCGACGCUGAGGAUGGCCGCAUCAAUAGCGGGACGACAUGGCACCUGCUUAAACACCUUUUAGACAGAACCAGAACCAAAGCGGAUCAAGGUCGCACGCUGAACAGGAUCAUGCACGAAGAACUCAAGAAUACCACGGAAAAUGACCUCAUUGAUCGUCUCGCCGACAAGUACCUCCCGCUGGCCAAAAAUGCUAGAGGCACGACCGCCGAAGCAUAUCGCGGCAAGGCCGACCCAGAGCUAGAUCGGGACUUCUCAACCGAAGAGGUACGCACGGUGCUUCAGAACCUAAACACCAAGUCCGCGCCGGGGCCGGACGGCGUAACUAACAAGGCACUUAGAAACCUAGACGACACCUCCAUCGAAACCCUCACUGAGGAAAUCAACAAAAUCUGGAGGAAUGGAGCACUACCCGAAGACUGGAAAACGGCCUCAUCGUGCUCAUCCGAAAGCCUGGUAAGGCGCCCAACAUCAAUAACCUCAGACCGAUCUCGCUGA